CGCAACAUGGAAAUAUCAGAAAUCGUACACCAAGAAAGCCUUCCAACUGAUGAAAGACCAUUCGAAUGCACCUUUGCAGACUGCAACAAGACAUUCAGCAGACGCUCAGACCUAGUUCGACACUCCAGAAUUCACACCAAUGAACGUCCUUUCCAAUGUCGCGAAACAGGCUGCCACAAGAGUUUUAUCCAACGUUCAGCACUCACAGUUCAUAUCCGAACACACUCUGGCGAACGACCUCACGAAUGCGAAUUUCCUGAAUGUGUAAAGAGUUUUAGUGACAGCAGUUCACUUGCCCGCCACAGACGAACACACACCGGAAAACGGCCCUACCGAUGCCCUUCCGAAGGGUGCAGCAAAAGUUUCGUUCGAAAGACAAUGCUGACCAAGCACAUGAAAUGUGACCAUUCAACAAACGGAAAACGCCCCCAUGUUCAAUGGCGUCCAUUUAAUGAAGAACGUCGCCGGGUACAGCAGAUCCAACAUCAACAAGUACAAGAAACACAACAAGAAGAAGAAGAAGAAGUAGAAGUAGAAAGUUAUGCUACUAAACAUAAUCAACCUAAUGACCAAAGUGACCAAAACUGUAUAAUGGCCUGUGCUUGCUCAGGCUCCUAUUCUCAUUUUGGACAUUCGUGGACUGCAUUUGAGACUUUGAAUCCUCGCACUCCUCCGCUUUCAACUGGCCGUGCCAGUCCUAGCUUUUCCUCGGACGACCAAUCUAUGCCCUCGUCUCCGUCUAGCCCUCUUUCGUGGACCCAGAACCCUUGGUCUCCAAUUGUCCAUUCUACCCAACAGCCAUCUUUACCUCCGCCGUCAGCUCUCCUCAGCCAGAGACCAUACUCGCAUCGUCCCACCCUCGACUUACCUGUGUUUCCUCACGACACCAUCCUGCCAAGGCUUGACUGUCUACAAUUCCAAUCCCAAUCUGACGAGCUAACAGAUCUACCAUCCCAAAACAGCUUCUUUCCAUAA